AUGACAACCGCUGUCAAGCGGUCGGGCCAGUCCGAUGUGGGCAGCCUGGCGAACCUCAUGGCUGUGGCCAUCCGAGGGCUUCAUCGUCGAUUGUGCAUCGGCGAGGACACUCCUACGCCUUUGAGCCUUGAGAAAGGGGAUUGGUCCGGAGCUCAAGCUUCUUUCCUCCGGCCGAAGAUCUUCAAUCCCACGUCAGCCGCCCCCUGCCAGAACAUUUGCUUCGACAGCAUUUGCAAGCCCUUCCCGUCGACCUCCGCUUUUCAUCACAACCACCACUCGCUCAACUUCAUGUCUGGUUUGAUGCUUGCAGAUUCGAUGGGGCGAGAUCCCGCUGCGGAAAUGCCGCAUUUCUGGGUGCCCGAGACCAUCUUCGCAGGAAUGCUUUUCAAGCGCGGUGAUGGCUACUUCUUGUCCUUGGGGCGAACACCGGCGAUCCUCAAUGCUUUGCAGCUCAAGGAGUUGCCUUGGGCCUUUACCGGUCCUUUGCCUGCAGAGGAGAAGGAUGAGACCCGAAUCCCGGCAAACGAAGUGAUUGCUGAUGAUGUGCUGUCAGCGAAUGAGAGCAGCCCUGCCCUCACUCUCGACAUUGGAAGGCAUCUGGUCUGCAAGCUGCUUGUGAAGGCUGACGAGGUGCGAUUUUACGACUACACCAUCCACGUGAGUGACCAGAUCAUGGCAGAGAAGACUGGCUCAUGCCUCGUCUUGCGGCGGGGCACGAAGUCCUUUUCGUUGAUGCCGUUUCUGGUGGAGAAGGGAUUCAUCCUGAAGCUUACGGUUGCGAACCUGAUGGACUUCUUUGCUUCUUGUGGCAUCCGAAUGCCAAAGAACACCACGAAGGCGGCCCGCAUCAGACGACUCCUUCAAAUGGACUGCAUCACUCAGGAAUGCAGUCCGGACAAGAUCAGAGCGAUCUUGGAAGUGCUUGACAAGCAGGAGGAGAAGAGAAGAAAGAAAGGAGAGAAGCCGAACGAGCCAAGCGAUGAGGCCCUAAACCGUGAAAACCGUGGGUUCUUAACUUGUUUGCUUUUUCCGAACGCAUAA